UUCCCAGAAGGUCUCUGUGUAUGGGGACCCCCUUUUGUGGCCUUGAGCCUCACUCUGUACCUGGGAGUUGCAAAACCCAAUAAAAUAGAUGCCUCCCAGCUGUUUUGACCAGGUUUCUGCACUGCCAUAGGGCGCCCCCCUGAGGCCGCUUCACUCUCCCACCAUGUUCCAGCGCUUCACCAGUUUCUUCUUCAGCACCCCUCCGCCCCCGGAGGACGCCGAGUGCCCGCGCGCCUUCGUGUCCCAGGAGGAUGAAGUGGACGGCUGGCUCAUCAUUGACCUGCCAGACAGCUACGCAGCUCCCCCCAGCCCCGGGGCCGCCCCUGCCCCCGCGGGCCGCCCUCCGCCCGCGCCCUCCUUGAUGGACGAGAGCUGGUUUGUUACCCCUCCCGCCUGUUUCACUGCAGAGGGGCCCGGACUUGGGCCCGCCCGCCUCCAGAGCAGCCCCCUGGAGGACCUCCUCAUCGAGCACCCCAGCAUGUCUGUUUACGUCACCGGCAGCACCAUAGUGUUGGAGCCGGCGCCCCCCUCCCCGCGCCCGGACGCUGCCCUGCCUGAAGGCGACCUUAGCGAGGGGGAGUUGGUGCCUGCUCGCCGCGAGCCCCGGGCCCUGCACCACGCCGCCGCCGCUCCUCUGCCGGCGCGGGCCGCGCUGCUGGAGAAGGCGGGCCAGGCGCGGCGGCUGCAGCGGGCCCGGCAGCGGGCUGAGCGCCACGCGCUGAGCGCCAAGGUGGUACAACGGCAGAACCGCGCCCGCGAGAGCCGUCCGCGCCGGCCAAAGCACCAAGGCAGCUUCGUCUACCAGCCGUGCCAGCGUCAGUUCAACUACUGAGCUCCGUUGGCUGCGUCCCAAGCCCCUGGCCGACUCCCGACCCACCCCACUGCCCCAGCCCCGCCGCUGCAGCUAAACUGUGUGCUGCGCGAGGGGUGCCCGAGGCCUCCCGCAGGCUGGUCAGGAUCCCUCCAGUGUGUGUGGGGGGGUGCUAGCUCUCCUCACCACCUCCCCCUUCCUGUGCUGAUCCUCUAAUCCGCCUGAUUCCCUUCCUCCUGCACACCUGCUCCCUGGCCCAACCUCACCUGGACCGUCCCCUUCAUCCUUGCUCUUCAGCCCUCUACCUCUGGCCACUCCUAUUCUUUGUAUCUUCCUGUCCCAGGCCUGGCUCAUCUCCCAACUCGUUUGCCACGUCACAAGCCUCACCCUCUCUCAUAUUUGGCACUACAUUCACACUCGCUCCCUUACUCAUUCCCUGUAAUUCCUUCCCAAAUGGGGGUGGGGAGGGCCCCCUGAGGCUCUUUCCCCCUCUCAUGGGGGCUGUAUGACACCUUGGAGUUUGCUUAGGUCUGGAAAGGUAAAGUAUGUGGAAGGGGGCUGUGAAAUGUGAAUUCGAGGGAGAAGAUGGAGGGAAUCUCAAGAGGCAGUCUGUCGGAGCUGAAUGUAGUCAGGAUAGGUUGAGAAAGCCGCGGGGACAGGGCACUGUGGGAGCUGGCCCAGUGCUUGCUCAGAGAGGCCAAGCCCUGUUUGCAGACCCGAGCCUCAAGUCUGCCCUCACCUCCGUUCCUAGAAACCCACCUCCCAAAGCUCUUCCCCGAAUUUGCCUUCUGCAUGCUACUGAGUCUGAAAGGGCUUCGUCUUGCCACCCUAAACCACGUGUCACCCAGGAAUAGAGGCUGGGCAAGGCCCUGCCAUCCUGGCCAUCUGUUUCAAUGCCCAAGGUGCUAGAAUUUAAGAGCUUAGGAGAGAUGCAGGCCAGAGGGCUUCCAGGCAGCACAAGGGCACACCCCAGAGGAAGAGCGCUCGGGGAGUGUGGCUGGAGGGGACAGCUGCAGAGUGAAGCCAUCCUCGGAGACACAGCUCAGCCUUCGUCUUGCCUCUGGUCUUGUCCUUCACACCCUGCCCACUACGGCUAACCAACACUCCUGGGUAGGAGGCCAGGAGCCCCCUUUCCCACCCUCAAGUCUCCCUCCAAGAUUCAGGGCCUUCAGGGGGCCUCUCCUCAUUUCUCUUCCAGUUUAUGCUACUGGGGAGAAACUGGUGCCCUAGGGUUCCCCUCCCCUUUUCUUCCAGUUACCUGGAGGAGGAAACCUGAAUCCCUGGAUGAGAUAGGGGUGGGGAGCGGGGGCGCCAGCUUUUCCCUUCUUGGGGUGGGAUUGACUUUUGGGCUCAGACACCAGCAAAAGCUUCUUGGGACGCCCCGAGUUGCUUCCCUGUCCUCUAACUGUCCUUUUCUAGAGUGUGCUCUUUCCUCUUUGAAACUUGGAGGGUUUCCCGUUACCUACUAACACAGGUCUCUCGCUUUACCCGUCUCAGAUUCCCAGGCCUCAGAGCCAUGCUGAGGCCUGGAGAAAACAGAAUCCCAUGAAGGUCAAGACGACUGCACCAUCACCUUAAGAGCCCAAAGCCUUGGGUGAGGGUCCAGGGGGUAGCCCAUGUAUGCUGGGAUGGGGAUAGAAGAAGCUCUGUUGGGGUCUCCUGUCCCAAAGAAUCAGCUGAAUUCACAUGAAAAGUAGUCAAAGUCCCUUCACAAGUCCUCCAGGACUCCUAUACUCGACAGCCUUGUUCCUUUCUAUCCCCAAGGCUGUCCCUUCAGUUAGGACCUAGUCACUUUUACUCUUCCAGCAACCCCCUUGGCCACUUCCUAGCUAGCAUAGGGUCUUCAGCAUUUCCAAGAGCUGACACUCCCUCCAGCUCUUCCUGCCUACUUCUUCGCUGCCAGCUGGGGUCCAGGCUCAGUCCUGGGCAGUAUCCAUGAUGACCUGGUUGGAGGAGAGUGAGUGACAGGGAAUUUGGCUAAAAUUUCAAAAGAACCCCUCCUAACCCAUAUUUCUGGAGACUAGUAUAGGUUCUAGAACUCUCCAACCUCAUCCUCUGGCUGGUUGCAAGGCUCAUAUUUUGUAUUUUCCUAUAGAUUCUGUAGCAUCUGCGUGUGGCAAUAUUUUAAUUGUAUAGAUUUCUAAGAACCAACACUACUCAGUCUCUUGCUAGUCUGAUUCCUGAAGCAUCAGACUUCAUCAUACUGUAUUGACUGUGUAUGUGCCUUUCACCUUGAGCAUGCUUCAGGAUUUUUAUUUUAAACCACAGAACUUGAAUACAUGAGGGAACCAGAAAUCACGAAGUCCUAUGCAACCUUAGACAGGAGGAGGUUAGAGAGUCUGUCUGGACUGAUGUUUUCAGAAACCCUGGAGAAGUUUGUUCCAGUUUGUAUUAAUGUCAAUACAUUACCAGCACUUUGCCAAAACUGAGUAUGUCAGGGGGACCCAUUUCUAGAGUGAGUCCCAAUUACAUCUAAGGGUGAUUCUAGUUAUUUCCCAGUAAGUCUGAGUGCUCUGGUGUCAUUUUUUUGCCUUUGCCAGUCUGGCCCUAGCACAGGGUACCAUGUGUGUAUGAGUGAAGUAUGCUGUUUUCGAGUAUGCCUGCUCCCUAGCUCUGCCCGGAACCCUGAUCGAUUUGCUCUGACCCAUAAUGUCUUAGAUGCAACAAAGACCCAUCUGGAGCUCUUGGAUGCCUCCUAAGAUCCAUGUGGCUUACUUAGUGCAGACACACAAUAGCCCCUUUAUAUCUUCCCUCUUGCCCUGCUACUUAGUUCCAAACGGAACCAACAAGUUGAGUGCGUCCCUUCUGGGUGUUUUGUGUUGAGACUGGCUGAAAUGAGACUGACUGACCAUGUCAUGACAUGUCGACAGACUCAAGGACACAACCACCUCGACCCGGUCAUGUGGCAUGCCUGUGAACAUGUGUAACAGGAUUCUGAUUGUUAGACUGUAAUGUAUUCCUCUAUGGGAGAAAAAAAUUUAAUAUAAAGAAAAACAAAUAAAAAUCUAUUUAAAGCACA